AGGGCGCGGCUUCCGGGAUCUGGCGGGGCCUUCGUCUCUCUCUGCAGCACUAGCUGGGCCGUCCUCUGUGCUCGGCGUGCUCCGCUCUGGGAAGCCCGGGUGGCCGCCACAGCCUCUUGCCCUUUGACCUGCAGGUAUCAGGAGAUCCAUAGCUAAGAAGCCUGGACACCCGGGAAGCUGGGAAAUGGUGUGAUUUGUCCAGAUAAUCUCACCUGAGAAGGAAUCCCAGAGAAGAAGGAAGAAGAGGAAGAAAUGGCUGGUUCUCAGGGACUGUUGAUAUUCAGGGAUGUGGCCAUAGAAUUCUCUCCGGAGGAGUGGAGCUAUCUGGACCCUGCUCAACAGAAUCUGUAUAGGGACGUGAUGUUAGAAAACUACAGAAACCUGGUCUCUCUGGGUAUUGCUGUCUCUAAGCCAGACCUGAUCACCUGUCUAGAGCAAAGGAAUGAGCCGUGGAAUGUGAAGAAACAUGAGACAAUAGGCAGACACCCAGCUGUUUCUUCUCAUUUCACCCAAGACCUCUUGCCAGAGCAUGGUAUAAAAGAUUCAUUUCAAAAAGUGAUACUGGGAAGAUAUGGAAGCUGUGGCACUGAGAAUUUACACUUAAAGAAAGAUUGGGAAAGUGUGAGUGAAUCUAAGGUGCAGAAAGAAUGUUAUAAUGGACUUAACCAAUCUUUGUCAACUACCCAUACCAAAAUCUUUCAAUUUAAUAAAUGCAUGAACGUCUUUAGUAAACCAUCAAAUCUAAAUAGACAUAAGAUAAGACAUACUGGAGAGAUAUCUUCCAAGUGUAAAGAAUGUGACAAUUCCUUUUACAUAUCCUCAAUUCUAACUCCAUUUCAGAGAAUCCACACUGCAGAGAAAUCCUACAAGUGUAAACAAUGUGGGGAAGCCUUCAAGCACUGCUCAUGCUUUAUUGAACAUAAGACAGUUCAUAAUGAAGAGAAACAUUUCAAGUGUAAAGAAUGUGGCAAAGUGUUUAAAUCGUUCACAAGCCUUUCUAAUCACAUUAUAAUUCAUACUGGAGAGAAACUCUAUAAAUGUGAAGAAUGUGGCAAAGCUUUUAACCACAGUUCAAACCAUGCCAAACAUAAGAAAAUUCACACUGGAGAGAAACCCCAUAAAUGUGAAGAAUGUGGCAAAGCCUUUAACUGGUUCUCAUACCUAACUCUACAUAAAAGAAUUCAUACUGGAGAGAAACCCUACAAAUGUGAUGAAUGUGGCAAAGCCUUUAACCAGUGUUCAAACCUCACUAAACAUAAGAGAAUUCAUACUGGAGAGAAACCCUACAAAUGUGAAGAAUGUGGCAAAGCUUUUAACCGGUGCUCACACCUUACUGAACAUAAAAGAAUUCAUACUGGAGAGAAACCCUAUAAAUGUGAAGAAUGUGGUAAAGUCUUUAUAUCUUGUUCAAGCCUUUCAAACCAUAAGAGAAUUCAUGCAAGAGAGAAAUGCAACAAAUCUGAAGAAUGUGGCAAAACCUUUAACCACUGCUCAGACCUUAAUGAACAUGAGAAAAUUCAUACCUGAGAAAAAUCCUACAAAUGUAAAAAAUGUGGCAAAGCCUUUAAUACCUGUUCAUGUCUUACUCAGGAUCAGAGUUCAUGUUGAACUAAAGAAUUACUGUCAAAACACCUUUCACAGAAAAAAAUAAUUUUACCACAGAUUAAUUUGUUCAUUAAUGGAACUUUAAUUCUCUGUCUUUUUUUUUUUUUUUUUUGGUCUACAUAAAUCUAUCCGUAUGCCAGUACUGUAUUGUUUAAUUACUGUAACAUUGUAGUAAGAGUUUAUAUCAGGAGUGUAAGUUACUGAAUUUUGUUAUUUUUUUCAGAAUUCUUGUGUGUUUUUCUUUACAUGUUUAUAUGGAUUUUAGGAAGAGCUUGUCAAUUUAUAUUAAAGAAAAGCUACAUUGGAAUUUGCA